UCAUUACACUAAAGUUUAUGGACUUCGACCUGGUUGGAUUUUUCAUCGACUCAAUACUGUUUUUGUCUUGAGCCGGGCGUCUAUCGGAAACAACAUCUCUCUACCUCAGAGGUAGAAGUAGCGUCUGCGUACACUCUACCCUCCCCAGACCCCACUUUGUGAGACUACAGUGGGAUGUAUCUGAUGCGCAGUGGAGAAAUUUUCGGGGCAAUUUGUCAAUUCUUACAUUAGUGUUUGGAAUCUUCACUCUAGUGGCUACCUCAUGUAGAAAAUAUGGCCUAAAAGCAAAAGGAAUGUCGGUCAUUUGGCUGAUGCUUUCUUUGUCUUACUUGUCAUAUCUUCAUGGAGCUUGCAUCUUAUACAUCUUGUUUAUAGCUUCAGCUAAUUUUCUCCUAGUAAAGAUAUGCGGGAGAACAAGAUUUGUUUUUCUUCUUUGGAUCUUUAAUAUUACAUUGCUCAUAUGUAACCGUGUUUAUGAAGGGUAUCCAUUUUCCCUUUUUGGGCGAAGUUGGGCAUAUUUGGACAAUUACCGAGGCACUUUUAGGUGGCACAUCUGCUUCAAUUUUGUUAUCCUGCGAAUGAUUAGCUUUGGAUAUGACUACCAUUGGGCAUAUUACUUGAAUCGGUUUUACAAAGAGAAGCACAUCCAACGCUGCAAUAAUUGUUCUUUAGGUAGAACAUGCUACCAGCUAUUGCAGGAGAGAAGUCUUGAAAAUGACAAAUUCUCCUUCACUAUAUACUUAAGCUAUCUGAUUUAUGCACCUCUAUAUAUUGCUGGACCAAUUAUUAGCUUCAAUGCAUUUGCUUCACAGCUUGAUACUCCCCAGAAGACGCACUCAUUGAAAGAAGUGGUUUGGUAUGGACUUCGUUGGAUUUUUAGCCUGAUGCUUAUGGAAUCAAUGACACACUUCUUUUAUUACAAUGCAUUUGCCAUUAGUGGCACAUGGAAACACUUAUCUCCUUUGGACAUCUUCAUCAUCGGGUAUGGAACGAUAGGAUGUACGAUUCAUGUAAUAAUCUUCAUGACAAAACAGGUAUUGAACUUCAUGUGGCUCAAGUUUUUUCUCCUUUGGCGCUACUUUCGCUUCUGGUCACUGAUCAAUGGUAUUGAGGCCCCUGAGAAUAUGCCUAGAUGCAUAAAUAAUUGCUACAACUUGGAAAGUUUUUGGAGAAACUGGCAUGCCUCGUUUAACAAAUGGCUUGUUAGAUAUAUGUAUAUUCCUCUUGGGGGUACUCAGAUGAAGCUGCUAAAUGUGUGGGUUAUCUUCACAUUUGUUGCUGUAUGGCAUGAUCUGGAGUGGAAACUUCUUUCUUGGGCAUGGUUGACCUGCUUAGUCUUUAUACCAGAAAUGAUUGUAAAGUCAACAACAAAUACUUUGAAGGUGGAAAGUUCUGUUGGCAAGUUUCUGUACCAUGAACUUAGUGCUGUUGCCGGGGCUAUCGCCAUCACUUGUCUAAUGGUGGCCAAUCUUGUUGGUUUUGUCAUUGGAUCAUCAGGGAUCAAUUGGUUGCUCUAUAAAUUUCUCCAGAAAGAAGGACUACCUACUCUUGGUGGCAUGUUUAUUACGUUUUACGUUGGAACUAAGGUGACUCCAGAUAUAUCCAAUGAUUUAGUUUUGAAUUUCUCAAUGCAUGUUAAUUAUGCUGAUGUUUCACAUCUCUGAUACCAAGCAAAAACGCAUCCACAGCCGAUGAUAAAGGUUCAUUCCUGGGCAAGUAGAACACAAACAACAUGAUACAAAACCCAUUAGCAUCUACUGUGUGUUCCCAUGUCGUGAGAGGAUACUAUCUAUAGUUAUACUUGGUCAUUUCAGGAAUUCAUUUUCAUCUUUGAAUUAAUCCAUCAACCAACUAUACCUUGAUUGCAAAUUAGUUAUAUAUUAUACAACUAGACGUGAGGAUGGAGUAUAUGCUCAUUAAUUGUUAUAUAUUAUACAACUAUUUUUUUUUUUUUAAUAAAAAAGAACACAGAGAGAAACUUGUUA